UGAAAAUAUGGCAACAAAUGUCAAAAUGCUUUAAGAGGUUUCAAAAAAUUAUUAAAUAGUUAUUUUUAAAAAAAUAUACCAAAUAUAUGAUGAGCAGUGAAAUGCGAAAUACGAGUAAUAGUAAAAGUGUAGAUAGUGAAAGUAUAGAUAUUGCAGAACAAGAAAAAGAGUUAGGUAAUUUUAUAUAUAGUGCAGAAAAUGAUUCCGAUCCUGUUGAAAGUGAAGAAACCCAAGAUAUUUGUAUAAAUGAAACGGAUGGUGCCGAUUUUGACGAUGAUCUUGAGAACGUUAAUAUUGCAAUUUUUUUUCAUAGAGUUGACAGUGAUCAAAUUAUAUAUCAGAAGAAAAAACGAAAACUUAAGCUUGUGGGGAAGUAUGUGAUGGGGGACUUGCUCGGGGAAGGGGCCUACGGGAAAGUGAAGGAGAUGUUGGACUCUGAAACGUUAUGUAGAAGGGCUGUAAAAAUUUUAAAACAGAAAAAAUUACGUAGGAUACCAAAUGGUGAACAAAAUGUACAAAGGGAAAUAACGUUACUUAGGAAGCUCAAACAUAAAAACUUAAUUAAUUUAGUAGACGAAAUGUUUAAUCCAGAAAAGCAGAAAAUGUAUUUGAUAAUGGAAUUCUGCGUAGGAUCUUUGCAAAAUAUGCUAGAAUCGACACCGGACAAAAAAUUUCCGCAGAGCCAGGCCCACGGUUAUUUUUUACAACUCAUCGAUGGACUGGAAUAUCUUCAUAGUAUGCGGGUAGUACACAAAGAUAUUAAACCGGGUAAUUUACUUCUCACACUCGAAGGGGAUUUGAAGAUAAGUGAUUUGGGUGUCGCAGAGACCAUAGACCUGUUUGCUAAAGACGACACGUGUUACAUAGGUCAAGGGUCACCGGCGUUUCAACCACCAGAGAUAGCCAAUGGCUUAGACUCGUUUCCUGGAUUCAAAGUCGAUAUUUGGAGCAGUGGUGUCACGUUGUACAAUAUUACUACCGGAAUUUAUCCAUUCGAAGGUGAUACAAUUUUUAGGCUAUUUGAAACUAUAGGAAAAGGUGACUAUACGAUACCUGACGAUAUCGAUGAGCCUCUUAGAAGUUUAUUAACUGGAAUGUUACAAAAGGAUCCAGAACUUAGAUUUAGUCUCCAAGAAAUAAGGAAACAUGGGUGGUUUAAUAGACGUCCACCAGAUUGUAGUCCGCAUGUACCGAUACCUCCUUUCAAGGACGACUAUUGGCAUAAGAUGACAGUAUUGCCUUAUUUGGUAAACCAUUACUACGACGACCCGGAUGAGAGUGCCAACGAUGAACAAUAUUAUACCGAACACGAACUAAAUGAAAUGGAAAAAACAAAAGCAGAAGGUGAAUACUCAAACGGAAACGCCCACUCGAGCCGAGGCGCAAAUAGGCGGAGGAGAUCCAAAAAACCAGUUUCCUGUAUAUCAGUCAAGAAUUUCCCUGGCUGUCAUCAAUCGUGACAAAUCUUUUUGUAUUGCUGUUUGUAAUUUUGUUAUUGACAUAUUUUUGAUAAGAAAUUCAUAGACUUAUAUUAAAUACUUUGUUAAUGUUUGUAAUUUUAUAUUGUUGUAAUGUCAGAUGUGUUUAAUUAUUUCUGUUGUGUUUGAGAGAUGAAUAUGAAUUGUAACAAUAGUAUUUAAUAUGAGGAUGCAUGAAAGUGCCAUAUUGAAAUUUAGAGCUAAAAUAAAAC